GGUUGACACCGACCGAGUUUGUGCAUCAGGUGUGAAAGAACCCAGGUGGCCCACUCUCCCGUAUCUCCCUUCCUUCACUAACCCGGACUAACCCCAGACCAACCACACGACUUACGAUUGCGGCAGGACAUCGCAGGAUCCAGCCAUGAUGAUACAGGGUGUGGUGGUGGUAGUGGCGACGAUGGUGGCAGGAGCAGCUCUGGCUUGGCCAAUUACACGCCAUGAGAACUCCACAAUUUACUACAUGAUGUGUGGGGACAAACUGCACAUCAUACUGGAGGAGAAAGAGGAACUGAUCGUGAACUUCGACAGUGAUAACCAGACGUUGGUGGAGGGCGAGUGUCUGGCUGACCUGCGAGUUGCUGUCAAGGACACUGGCAUUAAGAAGUAUGGCAUGCAGGUUGAGGGUGAGAUGGACCUUGAGGACCCAGACAAUGGUGAACUAUGCACCUCUUCCUACCUCAGAGUCACCGACGUCGACGACCUCGAAGAUGAGACGGGUCGCAUCAACAAGUUCUGCAACAAGGACAGCAUUGACUUCGAGACAAUAGAAGAUCUUGUGACUCUAGAGUUGUCCUUGAAGGACAUUGGAAAAAACAAGGGGCAAUUUAUGGUGAAACUUAUGCCCCAUUGUUUGUGUGGAGGACUUAUUGAUAAAACGGAGGGAGAAAUUAAGACACCCCUCUAUCCCAGGCCCUACCCAAACAUAUUGUGCAUUUGGGUGAUAAAGGCUGCCUUAAAUUCCUCAAUAUUUCUGCACUUCGAGGAGUUUAACUUGAGGCCCAGAGCUAAGAAGCACUGCAAGGAUUAUCUCAACUUGAAUGAUGGCAUGGGCCAAGAGCUGCACUGCGGGAAGGAACUCCAACACACCACCAAGAAGUAUAAUGUGAAUUUGCUUAUUCUAAGGUUUUCGUCAACUAGAACGCAAAACGAAUAUUCUGGCUUCUUGGGCAAGGUCAUGUUCGGUCCAGAAACAUAACCUCUUACUAGCUAAAUUCUUCUGGUAGGAGCCUAAACCAUCACAGAUACUGAGACAUUCUAUGGAAACAGUCAUCUGGCAAAACCAUUGUAAUAAUUUUCUUGAGUUUACCAAUACUGUACAGUAUACUACUGUAAUUUGUGAUCAAUUGCAACAUUAUCUGCCUCUAUACGUUAAACAAAUGCUUUUCAACAUUAUUCAUAUCAUUAAAGUUUCACCAUCAGUAUUCAGAGUUUUCAAAACUCAUAUUAUAAAAGCUCAAAGUAAAUAUCUGAAAGUCAAACAAAAAGUACAUUUCAAUAUGUACCUGUAUGUGCCAGCAUACUCAUACAAGCAGAAACAUAUACAGUAUACAAAAAAACCCGAUAUCCUUACAACACACAACCUCCACCAAUAGGAAUUGAACCUGGGUUCAUGGCAUGAAACUGUGUUACUACCAUUGAGCUACCUAGUGUCAAAUCCUGCUAUAGGUCUGGGUUCAAUCCCCACUGGUGGAGGUUAGUAAGGUCUAUCUAUACAGGUACAGUAUAUGCAUCUGUGAAAGUGUGAGUGUAAUAUCAACAAAAUUCUAUAAACUACCGUAUACAAAAUUUGGGUAAACAGCCAAAGAUCAAAAUGUGCAGUUUGUGAGUGAUUCAUGAUUACCAGUAUGUCAAAACAGUUUAAAUUACAGUACUCAGUUUAUGCUAUAGCUCUUUAGAAAUACUGUAUCUAAAUGUCCACCUCCCUUCAUGGGACAAGGUUCAACCAAGUUCUUUGCAGUAUACCCUUGUAUAAAAUUAAUGGUUCACUGUUGUACAUACUGUACUGGCUUAGCUUCUACUCCACCAUCUGCUACUAACUACAUUCUGUUUCACUAUCACCUAUUUUAUAGUGGUUGAGAAGAAGACCCCAGGGUGCUGCAAGAGAACCUGGGUAAAACUUGCACCACCAUACCUUCCCACACACCAAAUACAUUAGACUAUACUACAUAGGAGUGUUUAUACAAAGGCAAGACAUCUUUUGCUACAUUCAAUUAACAAAGUGGUUCCCUCUCCUGACUUGACCUGGGAAUAUGUUUGUACCUACUGUACAUGAGAGAUGUUUUGUCAGGUACAGUUUAACACAACCAAUGAUCAAUUCUUAAUCACCCUUGUUCUUCAAAGAUUUAGUAUCAAUCCAAAUAUCAUAAACAAUUUUAUUCCAAGAUUUCUGCAAUAUCACAAUGUGUUACCAUGGUAAUGAAUAUAUCGUACCGUAUACAGUAUGACGCAUGAAUUAAUUUUGAUCAGUAUGUCUUUGAAAUAUAUCUUACUCUGGGAUGCUUUUUAUUGUCUGUAAUCUAUUUAAAGCAUUUAGCAGUCUAUGUGCACAUAUGGUACUAUUCUCACAUCAUGGAGACUAUGGUAACCACUCAAAGCUUGUGAGGAUUCAUUCAACUUGUUAUCUUUGUGAAGAGAAAUGAAUGUAUUAAUCUUAUAUAUCUGACUACUGUAGUUGAAUAAAGUACAAUACCAAGGUGAUACAGUAUCUAAUUAUGUAACAGCAAUUCUAUACAGUACAAUAUUGUAAAUUACUGGUCGUUGAGAUUAUAAUGUUGUUAUUGCACUUCAACAACUAAGGUCUUUUAGUAUGUAACAAGGUUAGUAAUUAUACUGGGUCAACAGCUUCA